AUAAAUUGUAAAUUUACUCGUAGAAAGCGAAUAAGCGAUAACAGGGCAAAUAGUGUUUGUCGUCCCGCCUCUCAUUUCUCACCGUAAAUUGUCGCACAAGUUUUCGUGAACCACGACAGCCGAUCUCUCCGUCGCACGUCUCCGUCGCUUCUCCGUGCAGACCUGCGUUGCUGCGCUUUUCUACAAUCGACUUAAACUUGAGUAGAAGACAUUUUCAAUAGCAAAAUAGUAAACUCUAAGGCUCUACAUAUUCUAUAUGAAGAUGAAGAUUCAAUGUAAAAUAAGCGAAAGACAGUUGUAAGAGUAUGUAUGACCUAGAGAUAUAUCAGCUAUCAAAAAGCAAAGUUGCCCGACAUAAUGAGGUUCAAAAGAUACUUUGAUGACACAACAAUUUAACCCAAACUCCCAUUACAAAUUACUCGUUUACAGGGAGCUGAAGCACACAAUGAAGUUGCUCAAGAUUUUCUAGGAUCGUCUAUUUCAGUACAUUAAACCCAACAUCAAACAUAUCAACAAAUUACUCGUUUCUGUUACAUAUUGUCACUCUAGUCUUUGUGCGUCUUAUGAAGGAUCAAAAUCAAUUUUGUUAUAUGAAUUUCCUUCCAGAUAUGGCUCAGUUUCCUUUUCAUUGAUCAAACAAAAUCAGGAAAUAUUCUAUAUCUAUUAGUUUCCUUUUAUGUUUUGAAAUUUGAAUCUUUGUUCAUUUUUUGUUGUUGUUUUUGCAGAUUAUAAAGUCAUUUGAUUACCAAACCAAUCAUGAAGUUGCGACUAAGAUCCUUUGAAACCAAAGAAACCCUUAAACUUGAAAUACCUAAUCCUUGCACUCUCCACCAUCUUAUACAACUCCUCUCUCAAAAACUCCCUUCUUCUUCUUCACGUUCUUCUGCUAUAUAUUUCUCUCUCAACCAAAAAGACAACCUUACAAUUUCUUCCCCUGAAGAUUCUAUUCAGUCAACCGGAAUCACAUCUGGUGAUCUCAUCUACUUCACCACAAACCCUAAUGGAUUUUCCACUUUCCCUCUUGUCUCUCCACCACCACCACCACCCAAAUCAGAACAAUCUCAACAUUCCCAAACUCCAAAUCCCAAUUCCAGUCUGGAACUCCCGCCUUGCUUCAUUCAACUUCCAAGCGAACUGAAACUGAAGAUUCUGGAUUCCGUUUCCGGUGUUGAUGUAGCAAACAUGAGCUGUGUAUGUUCGGAAUUGCAAUACUUGGCAUCAAUAGAUGAUCUCUGGAAACAAAAGUAUGUUGAUGAAUUUGGGGAUUGUAAUGGGUUUGGGAGUUUUAAAGAGAGAUUUGCAAAGGCUUGGGAAAGUCAGAAAAGGAGGAAGAGGGUUAGUGGGAGUAGGUUAAGUUAUGGUCGAUUUGGUCCAAUAUUUGUUCCGAGUAUGCAUACUUUUGUGAAUCACAAUAGACUAAUGUUUUCAAAAUUAUCAGGAAAAUGAGUAGCAUUGUCCGAAAUAAAAACCCCAAUACAAAAUGCGAUGAAUAUUUUUGAAA